AUGCUCUCGUGGAUUUCUACGCGCAUCGGCGGCGGAAACGACGAUAAUUAUAUAUUCCCCACUGUCAACCCGCAAGAAGACGGGCCUGACUGUUCAAAGGACUGCGCCGACUGUACAGUUCGCCUUCCCAACAAGUUCAACGUGGAAACUGAACGCAAACUGUACGGGAAAGUCAAGCCAUUCACAACUCACGUGCUAGUUGCAACGGGCAAGUCGGACUGGGCUUCGCAUCCCGAUAAUGAGAGAGGCACGGUGAUUCAUGCGCUAUCAGAAGCUAGCUCGAAUGAGCGUCUGAGGGUGAAUGCUUCCAACCUCGUUGCUCACAACGAUGAAGGCAAGGAUAGCGACAAAGCGACCACCGUGCUGCUAUUGCCUUCCUUUGAAUAUGUCGACAACGUCACCACCAACUCUGUCCCGGAACUAGUUUCGCGCUAUAUAGAUAACCGCCACUCAUCAGCACCAUCACCAUCGAACUCGCAGCUAGUAUCAAGACCAUGCGAGCAUGACUAUGUGGUGCUCCUAUGUUCGCACCAGCGACGAGAUGCUCGCUGCGGAAUAUCCGCGCCACUCAUAAAGAAAGAGCUUGAAAGACAUCUGCGUCCCGCGGGUCUGUAUCGGGAUGCAAAUGACGAGAGACCCGGUGGCGUGGGGAUUUAUUUUGUCUCCCACGUCGGCGGACAUAAGUUCUCGGCAAAUGUUCUGGUGUAUCGAAAGAAAGAGGAGCAGUUGAUCUGGUUAGCUCGUAUUCGCCCUGAACAUUGCGAGGGCCUUGUCAAGUAUACUAUUUUGCAGGGCAAGGUUGUUCACCCCGAGUCUCAGCUGAGAGGUGGAUUUGAUAAGGCGCGCGGAGUGACCAGCUGGUGA